GAAAAGAAAAACGGGAUUUCUCUUUUUCUCUUAUAUAAGAUUUAGUUCCAAACGAUUAUCUGUUUCUCUGUUAAUCGACAAUGAGCGAUCAAGCGGAGGAAUUGCCUCUUAUGGCUCCCCCAUCGAUCACCGAGCCCAGCGAGAUCGACCUCGAGGCCGGCCCUGCCGAUCAAAUUCAGUGUCGAAUUUGCCUUGAAACCGAGGGUAGAGAUUUUAUUGCUCCUUGCAAGUGCAAAGGAACAUCAAAGUAUGUACACCGUGAGUGCUUAGAUCAUUGGCGAGCUGUGAAGGAAGGUUUUGCAUUUGCUCAUUGCACAACCUGUAAAGCUCCCUAUCAUUUGAGAGUUCAUGUUGCUGCUGAUAGGAAAUGGCGAACCUUGAAAUUCCGAUUUUUUGUAACUAGAGACAUUUUAUCCAUAUUUCUGGCUGUUCAACUAAUCAUUGCUUCACUGGCAUAUUUGGUGUUUCUGGUUGAUGGUUACCAGCAGUCAUGGCUCCGUCUUACAUGGGGUUUCGACAGUGAGCUUAGCUUUUAUUACAUAUGUGGAGCGUUACUAUUUUUUGCUUUUCUGGGGCUAUCAGGGUGCUUUAUUACAUGCUAUGAUCGAAGAGUCCGUCGUGAUUUGGCUCAGCCUUGUCGAGAAUUAUGCCUCUGUUGGUGUCACCCAGGAAUGUGUGCAGACUGCCGUUUACCUGGCACUCUUUGUAUGUGGACCGACUGUACUACAUGCUUUGAAAGCUGUGCUAGUGCUGCUAGUGCUGGUGAAGCAGGGCUGCCAUUAUUGUUUAUGAUGGCAUUGAUUGUUCUUGGAUUGUUUACUAUCAUUGGCAUAUUUUACAGUGUUUUGGUGGCUACAAUGGUUGGACAAAGGAUUUGGCAGCGGCACUAUCACAUUCUCUCCAAAAGAAUGCUGACAAAAGAAUAUGUUGUUGAGGAUGUCGAUGGUGAAAUGACUGGAUCUGAAUGGUCUCCUCCCCCUCUCCCACCUGAGCAUGUCCAACAGCUGAAAACGCUUGGCCUUCUGUAAGUUUAGAACUGCAUUUUUGUCAACUGACAAAAACAUCAUUUAAAUAUGGACUGGCUCCGUAUUUUGGUAUGUUAGUCUUCGCAACAGGCUAAUGAAUCCUCUUUACACCUAAAAAGUGAGUUUGAGGCAGUAAUCAAGGAAGAAGUUUUACUAUAGUUGACAUCAUUUAGUUAGAAUCAUGUGAAUAACUAUAUGUGAGAUUCUUAGUCUUCUUUUUCAGUUUCUAUUUCCUUUGAAGUUUACUGUUAGAUUCACUUCCUUGAGGAAACUAGUACAUGGAAUAUAACCAACAAAAUGCUUAAAACACAAAUUCCUUGCUAAUGAUUUCCUGCCAAAUAUUGGUAACCUAGUAGCGAACUAUUUUCUUUUCUUGUGAGUGGUUUCUUGUCUAACCUAUCUCACUCAAAUUAAGUGUGAGUUUGGAGAUCCCUUCUCCGU